AGAGCCCAGAAAGCCUGGGAGGGUGGUGAGCAGGAACCAGGGGUGCAGUGACCCUCUCCCCAAAGCAGGGAGGAGAGUGCUUCCCAGCUGGUCAGGGCCCAGGAGCAGUGGCUGUAGGGGGCAGGGUGCUGCAGGUCUGGAGCCAUGGCCUGGACGUCUGUCCUGCUCAUGCUGCUGGCCUAUCUCACAGGUUGUGGCCCUCAGCCCAUGGUGCAUCAGCCACCAUUAGCAUCUUCUUCCCUUGGAGCCACCAUCCGCCUCUCCUGUACCCUGAGCAACGACCAUAACAUUGGCAUUUACAGCAUUUACUGGUACCAGCAGAGGCCGGGCCACCCUCCCAGGUUCCUGCUGAGAUACUUCUCACACUCAGACAAGCACCAGGGUCCCGAUAUCCCACCUCGCUUCUCCGGGUCCAAAGAUACGACCAGGAACCUGGGGUAUCUGAGCAUCUCUGAACUGCAGCCUGAGGACGAGGCUGUGUAUUACUGUGCCGUGGGGCUCCGGAGCCAGGAAAAGAAGAGGAUGGAGAGGGAGUGGGAAGGAGAAAAGUCGUAUACAGAUUUGGGAUCUUAGGCUCUGGAGACAUUCAGACCCUGAACUGAAGACAGAGUUUGCUUUGCUCGGCUAGUCUGGUAUGGGAAGGAGGGGUAGAACGUGAGGUUUUGCAGAGCCUAGAAGAUGGAAUUAUGCAGCUUUUCCUUGUUCUGCGGUGUUGCUAUGAGCCCCCAUUGGAGGCUGGAUUGUAGAAUUAAAGCUGUUUUUACUGAA